UCCCCUGGUCUGUGAGCUGCUCUUGCUGCUCACUGGGGAGAGGUGUGUGGAGGCUGUUGAGCUGUCUUUUACUAUAUCUUUUUCCAUUCUGUCUCUCUUGAGGAUGCACUAUGCCCCCCAAGAGAAGGCAGAAACUGCAGCAAGAGCAGAAGGGGCAGCCAGCUGUGGCUGCACCCCUGGAGGGAGCUGCUGAGGGGGCUGUAGCCAGCAGAGAAGAGGUGCUGCUGCAGCAGGAGUACAGCCGCCUUUGCAAGGAGCUGGAGGACAUGAAGGGGGCACGUGUUCAGCUUCAGGAGGAGAACGAGUUCCUGCAGCAAGAGACCCAGCGCCUCCGUGCUGAGAGCCAGGAAUUCAUGUGCUAUGUGGCCAAGCGGGCCCAGCGGCGCCAGGAUGCCAUCGUCUCCCUGAACGAUCAGAACAAGCAGGCCGUAGAGGAGAUCCGCAGGGAGCAACAGGAACUGCUCACCCUCUACCAGAGGAAGGAGGCAGCUCUGCGGGAACAACUGUUGCACAAAGAGGGUGAACUUCUCUGCCUUCGCAAGGAGGUUGAAGGCCUGUGGGAGAUCCAGGCACUGCAGCAGGAGCAGGCUGCCCACAUCAGGGAGCUGCAGGGAGAGCUGGUGACCACCAGGCAGCAGCACACUCAGCACCUGCAGGAGACCAAAAGCCAUUUCCUGCAGGAGAAGGCUGCCUUUGAGCAGAAGUCCCAGCAGCAGGUGCUCUGCCUGCUGCAGCAGGCACAGGAAGUGGUUGCACGAUGCAUGCAGGAGCAUAGUGACCAGGUGAAAUGUGAGAACCAGGAGCUGCGGCAGGAGCUGCACCAGCUCAUCCAGCGAUCACGCACACUGCAUUUACACAAGCGUUGGUUAGAGAAUCAGGCCCAGCAGCUGCUGCGAGAGCGUUGCUACAUGCAAGACAUGGCUCGCCUGUACUACACCCACCAGGGCAAGAAGUAGGCCCUAGCUGUGACCCCAGGAAUGAGCUGACACAGAGGUGGACACUACUCACUGCCAUGACUUGCUUUUGGUAUUAGGUCAGGUCAGGGGUUCUUCAAACUGGGGGUCGGGACCCCUCAUGAGGUCAUAAGGAUAUUAC